AUGAUACCGUAUGAAAAUUGUGAGCUGUAUUUGUCGUUCCUCAUAUACUUAAUUACGAAAAUAUUGUCACACAUCGUAGCGAACCGUCGGGUCAUGAGCAAGCAACAAACUUUGACCAGUAUUCAAGAAAAGCAAUCCGAAGAUGAAGUCAUCAAGUGGGUGCCGAAGAAGAAGCACGAGGUUUUGAAAGCGAAGUAUAAAUGUUUAAAGAAACUUUUCCAGAUUUACGACGCCAGCGUUAUUGGCAUCUUACCGGAAACCUACGCCGAGCCAUACUCAUACCCAGCUGAGACUAAGACGCGAAGAAAACGAUCUAGACGAACGAAAACCGACGCGUGCGCAGGCACAACUGAAAUAUCCAAUGGGGAUGUUACCGUCCAAUCAGAAGACACCAUCCCCACUGUUAUUAAGGAAUUACAACAAGCAUCCGUCACUUUAAUUAAGAAGGACGGUUUUACGCAAGAUUGUAAAGAAAAUGUCUCUGUACAGAGUGAAAAAGAAUCUGUUAUCAAGUUUGCCCCAUACGACAAGGAGAGGAGACCAACGCGGUUUCAGUGCUUUUUGCAAAGGAUAUUCGGUUUAAAACCAGAAGUACCAUACAAUACGCGAGGGUACGCCAGCGACAAUGAUAUCGUGUGUUUCGAGAGACGUCGACGACGCGGUCUGAGGUUCAGAAGGCGACGAACGAAGAAGACCCGUUCGGAGAUGAUGCUGAGGGACAUGAAGAGUCCUGCGAUUCUGUCUUAUGUGCAGAGUGUUCAGAGGAACUGUCUGAUGGAGUCCACGCCGCGGCAGUGUCCUAUUUCUGGAUGCCGGAUGAUGUUUUAUGGUAUUAUAAAUUACAACGACCAUCUGAACCUUUGUCACUUCCCGGAACGUCAGUACUUCUGCCAUUACUGCCACGAAGGCUUCAUAAAGGAGGCCGACAAGAUCAUGCACGAGAACGAGCACUUAGGGAUCGCUAAGCUAAAUGCAAAUGUGGAAUUGUCAAAUAAUGUGUGCCAAUCAAGGAAGAUAGCCAGCGUCACCCAAACAGAUCCUGGCCUAUCCAUUCCUGAAGAGAAACUGAAGAAGAUCGUAUCCUUCUUCGACAAAAUCACCAACCCAGACGACCUUAUCACGGAGAUCAAGAAAAACCAAUACUCCGAGUCGAAUUUGCAGACAAUACAGCCCACUGCGACGUGCGAUUCGGAGGGCAGUAAGACGGAAACUCUAACUUUAGAGAAGAAGUCUGGCAAAUCGUCGUUGUCUGAUGAAUUUGAAGUGUCGCAGAGCUUAUCUUUUUCGACGAUUAGAUGCCAAUUGUGCGGAGAACAGUUUGAUAACAGGCGUCAACUUAGCCUACAUAUUAACGUCGAGCAUCGCACACACGAGAGGUUCUCAAAGUUUCACAGCUGCGCUGGUAUCAUUAAUACCAAACCCAAAAAAGCGUACCAGCCGUCGGAGUGCUCGGAAUACUCGAAAAGCGAUACCACCAGUUCAGAUUCCAAGGUCGAAGAAUCAUUAAAUGGUGGUCCGUCUACAAAUAUUGUAUAUUAUACGUCUUUAGAGUCCUUGAGUAAGAAGUCCGUAGUGAAUACGUUGGUUCAAAAGGUGCGUUCCGGUUUUUGUUAUAAGUGGGAGCCUGGUACUCAAAUUAUCCGCGUCUGA